AGUUUUGACUAGCCCUAAAAUACUUUGCAACUCGUUUCCGCCAACUCUCACUCUCCAAGUCUUGUACUCUUGUACUCGUGUACUAUCCCUUUUGCUGCAAUCACUCUAGACAUGGAGCCAGCUGAGUCUCCGUUUAGGAUAAUCCUGGGAUCGUCUUCCAUUGCCCGUCGGAAAAUAUUAGCUGAAAUGGGAUACGAGUUCGCACUCAUGUCUGCAGAUAUAGAUGAGAAAAGUAUCAGAACUGAAAAGCCAGAGGAGUUGGUGAUGGCUCUAGCAAAGGCAAAGGCUGAUGCCAUUGUGUCCAAGCUUCAAACAAGUGAUGAUCAGAAGAAGGAUGUGAUACCAAGUAUUCUAAUAGCAUCUGAUACGGCAGAAGGUAAACCAAAGCUCCAUAGUGGUGAAGACAAGGAUGCUGAGCCAACACUACUAAUUACUUGUGACCAAGUGGUGGUCUAUGAUGGCACAAUAAGGGAAAAACCCUCGAGUGAAGAAGAAGCACGCCAAUUUAUCAAAGAUUAUUCUGGCAAGCAUGCAGCCACUCUUAGCUCUGUUUUUGUUACAAAUCUCAAGACUGGAUUCACAAAAGUGGAUUGUGACAAAGCAGAGAUUUAUUUCCAUGAAAUACCGGAUGAUGUUGUUGAGAAGCUGAUUGAGGAGGGGCUUGUGCUCAGGGUUGCUGGGGCGUUGAUUAUUGAACAUCCAUUGGUUGCUCCAUAUGUUAAAAAUCUGAUGGGGACAAGUGAUAGUGUAAUGGGACUUCCUAAAGCUCUCACUGAGAAGUUACUAAAGGAGGCUGUGAAUUCAUGAGGAUGUUAGCAAAAUUUUGACUUGAUUGAUUAUAUGCAACAUUCCUCCACGGAUGACCAUAUUAUUCCAGACAAGAAAUCAGGGCUGUAUUGUAAUGUUUCUAUAUAUGAUGUGGUGUACCUGUACUUAAUGGUGAUUGGUCAAAACUUUCUAUUCAAACAUUGUUGUUUGUUUGAUGAUGGCAUAUGCACAUGGAUCGAAAGAUUUAUCUCAAGGAAGUAUGGUUUUUUUCUAUACCAAAUUUGAUGAGAUGAAUGGUAUAAUACUAAAUAUGGGGUUAUAUACUGUUUAUUAAUACCAGAUUUGUUGUUAAAUAUUCAUGUAUGUAUUUGUGUUAAAAUUUUUUAGUUGGAGUUGGGG